CAUUAUUCGACCUGAGUCCCUUUACUCAUUCGCUUCACUCUUCAACAACCAUCGCUCCGAUAAUUCUUCGAUUCCGGUCAAAGGUACGCUGCCACCAUUCGAUAACCUCUUUGGCCACCGUUGGCUUUAUCAUUACUUUCGACGGCAUUUUCGAUAAUGCAUGAGGUCCAAUCGUGCGACGUCGUUUCCGCAACUUUAUUCCAAUUCAGCACAACCCUCUCAACCCGGGCGACUCUCCCCAUCGAAGAGUGUCGUCCAUAGAUUUUGAUAUGAUUAAUCAAUUACGAAGAACUUCAACUCUACGACCUAUUGGGAUAAGGGACCAAACGUAGGGGAAGAGAUGGAACCAGCUCACAUCACCGAAUUCGCUUCAGAGCGGUACUUUAGUAAAUUACGACAGAUUAAUGAGAAUGACCAUGGAUCGACUUCAGCUUCGCCAUCCACCACGGGAAUUACAUUCAAUGCACAAAUUGGUCCUUCGACGCUUCCUACCAUUAACCAUGAGCCAUCGCCAUUGGAAGCAGCUACAUUCAAUCUACCAUCAAGGCAACGAAAUGCGAAUCAUGAGAAUUUGGUUUUAAGACCUAGCGAUCAAAGGAAACGUUCACUCGGACACGAUCUCACUUCAUUACGAACACAACGUCGUCCAAGUUUCAGUGGUUCGUUAGGUGCCUUAAGAUCAAAAGUUAACAUCACGCACAAAGCUCCAUCAAUUGUCGAAACUCACCAGGGAUUAAUUGUGGAAAGGAUUGAAAGACAAAGGUAACCUUGGAGGAGCCAUGUUUCUCUCAUGAAUGUUGGAUGAGUUGCUAAUCUUUCAUAGUGUCACACUCUCUGAUCUCUUCCUGGCACUCCCAAACGAAUUACAGGCUCAAAUCAUCGCACCUCUACCAAUCCAUACAAUACUUGACCUACGACAAGUUUCCAGAUCAUUUCAUGCUUUAGUUACAUUGAAUGAAGCACCGAUCGCCAGAUAUCAUGCAGCACAUACAUUACCCGAUUAUACCAUACGAUUAUAUCCUCUACCGGAACCUAGGAAUCUGAAUUUACAUUACUUGGGUGGAAUAUGGCAUCGAUUACAUGUGGCAUCGAAAUUAUCUACCAUGAUCUCUCUACAAGCUCGAAAGGAGAUAUUCUUAAGGACAACUGAAGCUCAAAAGGCAGAAUUCCAACCACAACAUGAACGAAUGCGUCAACGAUUAAUCCCACUCGUCUUCACAAUCUUUCAUUUCUUCGAAACUUACCGAAAUAUAUACGCUCAACACCUUGCAAGACGUGGGGCACCUUUAACACGAUUACCAUAUACGCUUAACCCAUUCGAAUCUUAUGUCAUGAGUAUGUAUGAUGAUAGAACAUUAUUACAUGUUCAUCAAGUAUUUCCUUUGGUCAUGUCAUCAUUUUCGCGUCGAUUAAGGCCUCCUUCGUAUGUUGGAAGAGUGGAAAGAUCAAUCAGAGGUUACUUGAAGGACCGACCACCCGAUGAAGUUUAUGCGACCAUCUUGACCGUAGGAGGAUUAAGACAAGCUCAAAGAUUUUGGGAAACGAAAGGAUAUAAUGCGAGGAGAGCAGCUGUCGAUCAAUGGUAUGGGUUUUUACAAAGUAGUCGCUUGCCUAUUGUCGAACCUAAUGCCGUUACACCAAAAUCCAAGAUGUCAAAAUUUACUCAUCUGGGAAGAAAGAAGGCUCCACAACUUAUGGCUCAACAUCCACUAGACAACUCGGGUCAUGAUUCUUCAAGAUGCAAUGAAUGGUUUUGUGUUAAACCUAAUUGUAUAGCCGCCAGACGGAAUACAUCAGACGACAGUAUGGUAGGGAGAACUAGUCUUUCAGCAGGUCCACCGAUGCGUCCAUUAGGAAGAGAAGAACUUAGGUUGUUGAUGGAAAAUAUCCCCGAUUUACAUGAUAUUUGGGCCAAAACAGCUGAAGCUACCAUUCUUGAGAGAGGAAUUGUGGAUAGACCUGAGAGAAUUAAGAAAAAUAGUUUGGUUUUACUUGAUUUAAUCAAGGAGGAUGGAAGAGAUGAAAUGGAAGGAUGGGAAUCAGGAAGAACUGGAGGAAAUGCAGCGGAUGGAUCUGAAGUUAUUGAUGCAGGAGCCGUUUCGGAUUGAUAAGUCGUUGUUUUUGGAGAGGAGUUAUUUUACCUGCACCUGAAAGCACGAUGAUUAUUAUCGUGUGUUUAAAAGUGAUUCGCGCAUCAUUGAUGAUGGAUGCGAUGCGAUGCGAUGCGAUGCAUUUUUAUGAAGAUGAGAAGUGAUGGGAAGUAAUUAUUCGAGGUUGGCGAUUCAAAGAUGAAAAGCGUGAGGGAAAGGAAGGGAAUGCAUUAACGGCGUUUUUGAGCGAUACCUUUUAUUUCAGGUGUACGUACCUAUGUCAUGAAUGGAUGACUAGGUUUGGGGUUCUUGGGGUCCUUGGGGUUCAUGGCGUUUUCUUGGUUGGAAGGGGAGUUUGAAUUAAGAUAUAGGGAUGGAUGGUAUGAAUGAAUGGUAUCGAUGCCUUAUUGACUCGGAAGCAUGGUGUUUGUGUUUAUAUUGAUUUGAUUAAGUGUAUGGGCCUGGUUUGGCCUUGUCGCUACUUGGGGAUUGGAUUUAUUGGGAGGGUGGAAUUAAGGGGAUGAUGAUGGAUGGGUAAGGGGGGUAGUAAGGUGGUUGGUUACAUAUUUAUAUGGAUCGGAGGAAGGAAUGGAUGGACGGGUGAAUGGAAAGGGGAUGGAUGGUUAUGGGUUUGUGGGUUAAGUUAUAGAUUAUUUAUUGUGUUUUAUGUUUUUGUUUAUGUUCAUGGGAAUGUGUGUUGGGAGUGGAAGUGGAGUGGGAGCACAGUGGGAGCGAAAACUGGUUUUUUGUAUCUAUGCUGGGGGUGGGUGAGGAAUGAGAUGGUGGAUUUGGAUUGAAGAUGAAGAAUGAAUCCAUGAAGGAAUUCAUUGAAUGCAAUAAUAAUCUUAUUUUCUCUCG